UGCCCUCCGUCCGCUGGUGGCGCUGCAGUCCGUGCUGCUUUCCUGUACUUCCGGGUCAGCGCUCGGGACCCCGCGUGUAAAGUCUUGUCUUCUCUUCUCUUCUCUUGUCUUCUCUUCUCUUGUCUUCUCGCGACUUUCAGCGACUUUUAAAGACAUCAGAAUGGCGCCACCUCGCUCCAAGAAGCGGCGGCCGACCUUUCGGCGUCUGCUGAAAACCAGCAGCGUGAAGCUGGACAACAAGAUGAAGAACCGGCAGAUGAAGCAGCAGAGCUCGGCUAAUAAGCAGCGGAAAGAGCAGAAGAAGAUGCGACGGGCGUUGAAAGGCUCCGCCCACAGCAUGCCCCGCCCACUAGAGACUUACGUGAAGAGAGCAGAGGAAGAGGAGGACUUCCUGGAGAGUCUUCCCACCGACAUGAUGGACGACAGCGACCUGCAGCAGAUGACCUCCUUCCUCGGACGGGACUUGUCGUCAUGCGCCCCGGUGCACGGCGCCAAGAAGCGAAGGUCGGACGUCCUUCCCAGUUAUGAGAAGGUUCCCAGGAAGAUGAGUCGUGUCCAAGAGAAGGAAGUAGUCCACCUGCUUCCUAUCAAGGACAAGACCGGGGUCAUCCCACAGAGUCUGGAACGAGUAAGGUCCAAGCAGCCAGAUGAAGAUGACGAAGAGGAUGAAGAAGAAGCAACACUAGAGGGCGACAAAGAAGGGGCGGAGCCACAGAUUGUGGCGACACUGACGCAGGAGGAGAGAGAGAGCGUGCGAGCUCAGAUGAUUAGAGAGAGGAGACUGACAAUCGCCCGACUGGCAUCCGGCGUCAUCUCUGACCCCAUCAACAAUUUUAAGUGUGUGAAGCAGCUGCGGGGGAUGCUAAUGGAGGCGGAGUCUUGCGUGGCGGUGACGGUCAGGAAACUGGUGAUGGUGUCGCUAGUGGAGAUCUUUAAAGAUAUUACCCCCUCCUACAAGAUACGACCUCUCACCUCUGCAGAGAAAGCCACCAAGGUGAAGAAAGAGACGAAGCAGCUGCGGGAAUUUGAGGAAAGUUUGCUGAGUCAAUACAAGUUCUUCCUGGAGGACUUGGAGCAGACCAUCAAAGACUGGAAGCAGCAGAAGAAGAAACGCAGCCAGAAGGUGGCGCUAGAGUCUUACAGCAGCCUGGCACAGGUGGCCGUCAGGUGUCUGUGCCAGCUGCUGCUCGCCAUGUCACACUUCAACUUCCACAACAACAUCACGGUGGCUUUGGCGCCGCUCAUGAACGACAAGACCGUAUCCCAGAUGUGCUGCGACGCCUUCGCUGCACUCUUCAACCAAGACAAAGUGGGCGGGGCCUCUCUGGCUGCCGUACGUGUCAUCUCAGGUCUGGUCAAGAGUCACAACUACAACAUCAGGCCGCAGGUGCUGAGGACGCUACUGAGUCUGAGGAUCAAGGAAGUGCACGUAAAGAAGGACCUGCACGCCACCGCGCCCAAGAUGAAGAAGAUGACCAACAAGGACAAGAAGAAGAACCUGUCACGCAUGCAGAGGAAGUGGAAGAAAGCUGAAGAGAAGUUGCAACAGGAACUUCUUGAAGCUGAAGCUUUAGACAGCAAAGACAAGAAAAUCCAACUGCACACUGACAUCCUCAACAUGGUCUUCCUCAUCUACUUCCGCAUUCUCAAGAAAGCUCACAAGUCUCUUCUUCUUUCUGCUGUGUUGGAGGGGCUGGCCAAUUUUGCCCACUUGAUCAACUUGGAGUUCUUUGAUGACCUGCUCAAUGUGCUGCAGCGCCUCAUCCAAUCAGGGGAUCUGACCAAUCAGGAGAGUCUGCACUGCAUCCAGACCGUCUUCACCAUCCUGUCAGGACAAGGUGACGCUCUCAACAUCGACCCGCUCAACUUUUACUCGCACCUGUACAAGAUGUUACCUCAGCUGCAUGCAGGGGCACACAGUGAUGACAUCAUCAUUGUUCUGCGUUGCUUGGACACCAUGCUGAUCCGCCGCAGGAAACAGGUGACUCUGCAGAGGGCCAUGGCCUUCAUCAAGCGACUGAGCAUGCUCAGUCUGCACGUGCUGCCCAACGCCAGCGUGGGCAUCCUUGCUGCCAACAGAGCUGCCCUGCAUUCAUUUCCAAAGUGUGACUUCCUACUGGACAACGAGGUUCAGGGCAGUGGGUUCUACCUCCCAGAACUGGACCAACCAGAACACUGCAAUGCUCAGAACACAGCCUUGUGGGAACUCCACACACUACAGAGACACUUCCAUCCAGUUGUGCGCCAGCUAGCAGUCCACCUGAGUCGUGGUGCUCCCAGUGAAGGCAGCGCAGCACUCAGCGUGGAAUUGAGUCGCAGGUACGGUGAUGUGUGUGUGUGUGUGUGUGUGUGUGUGCGUGUGUGUGUGUGUGUUUGCAAUGGUGACAAGAAGUGUAAUGUGUGUGUGUGUGCUUGCCAGAGGUGGGUAGAGUAGCUAAAAUGGUACUCC